AUGAGUAAAGAAUCAAAGAUGACUAUGGAAGUGUACAAUGCAGUGUUACUUACAGCAGGAGCAGUUGGUAUAUCAAUGGCAUCAAAGAAACUACUGAAAGAACCAUUAGGUACCCCAGAGAAUGUAAAAGGAAUGGCGAAGUUAGCUAUUUCAGUUAGUCUUUCAUCUCUACUGGUCUCUUACCUGAAAGAAAAGAAGUAUCUACCAGAUGAUCCAUUCAAAACCUAG